AUGGACUUCGUCCCAAGCUCCCGGAAGCGGAACCGUACCACUGCAACACUCACCCGCAGCCGAUUACAUCUCCUUCUUCACCGGAUCCGCUCCGGUCAACUCCAGUUCGAUCCCAUUCAGACUCAUGACGAACCGUACCCCUUAGACUUGCACUUUCACCAAAUCAAUUGCAAAAGACCAAAGCGUGACCACAACCAGCCUCCUCGUCUUCUGACCAAGGACCUUCGUGCCAAGCGAGUGUAUUCGCCUCCGCUGUCCACCAACUCCGUUUUGAUCCGAGGCACGUAUUCCAAGGAGAUUAUUGAUGAUUCCAAUUGUACGGAUGGAAAUGUUGGGGAGGAUCUGGACUUGAGACUUUCUGGCAAGGCUCGGACCUCCUAUCUGAAAAAAGUUGAAUCGUUAGAAGAGAGCAUCAAAUUGCAAGAUUGCAGGAGAAAGAACGACGGAUAUUGUUUGGAGAAAAUUGAUGGUUUGGAUGUAUCACUGGUACCAACUACUCUACCUGAUGCUGAGGUAUGUGUUGGCUCAACUUUCAAAUAUACACCUUCUUCUGGGAAAGAUAAGUCAAAGAAUGGUUCUUCUCUUAUGAACAAAAUUGUUCUCAGACCACGUGUCCAGGGGAAGUUGUUCAAGGCCCCAGAGAUUAAAUGCUUGAGUGAAUCGAAGGUGGAUGCCACUGCUGAUUAUGGUGUUAAUGCUGUUGGGAGUGAUUUCCCCAAUGAUGGCUCUAAUCAAUUGUCUAACCACAGAAACAAUAUUGAUUGUGCCGUGCCCAGUUAUCGUGCUUGUACCUCAUCGGAGUUUGGUGUUUUCAGUGAAGAAUGUAUACUGACAACUGCUCCUGAUGCUGAUUUUUAUGAUAAUUCAGAGGUCAAUGUCAAACCCAUGGAUUUGACCAGAAGCACCGAAGUAAAUGCUGGUGAACGGUUUUGUCUGAAAGCUGACCUGGGGAAAGAUUCUCUUGAGGGUAAAUGUGUUCCUAGACAGCGUUUGCACAGCAAACUUUUUAAAACCCUAGGUUCUGUAAGCUAUAAAAGGUUGCUUCCAUUUCUAAUGGAUCUUACCAAAGAUUACUCUGGCACAUCCAAAUUUGAUAAUGAGACUCGUCAUCAAGAAGAAAAGGAACAUAUGCAUCCAAAGAGUUUCCAACGUCCUUUGUCAUCUCAAAGUGAAGAAGCUUCUCUAAAAGGACACAAGACAGACGGCAGUCCCAUGCAUGCUACAGUUGAAUCCCAUGGAGUAGAAAACUACGUUUUAGUUUAUCCUUCUAAAGAGUUAUCUCAUGACAACCAACCAAAUUUAACACCUUCUCAAGUCUUGCCUGAAUUGCCAACGCAUUUGGACUCAAAAGAAGUGGUUGGUGAGGGUUUAUCUGCACCCUCUGUCAACGAACAUACAGAGAAAAUGGUUAAUGGUGAAUGCUUGAGUGCAUCAGAACUUAAUCCAUGUUCAGUAAUGGAGGAUGAUUUUCACUCUGCUAAGGAAGUUGCAAAUGUUGCGCUUGCGCACAAUGAGAACCUCCAGGAAGUACAAAAUAAGAUAUCCAAACGACACGACUGUGAGUCACCACCCAAAGAUCAUAAUAGACUUUAUGUCAAAGGUGAUAUCUCUGAGUUUACAUUUGUGCAUCAUUCAAAUAUAGAAAAAGGAUUGACAAUCGAUUGUGAUGAAAACAAGCAGUUUGUGAAUCUGGAGGAGCGUGAAUCUGUUAAUAUAUUUCCUCAAGAAGGUCAGAGUCUAUGUCAUUUGGAUCCAAAUGUGCUAGAUGUUGACGAGAAUGUUACAAGUUUAAAUCAUGCCCUGGCUUCAAAUGAUAUACUUAGAUCACCUGAGAAGAUUAUGUCAAGAAAAUCUGACAUGACAGGACAUUGUGGUGACAAAGAAGGAAGUGGGCAGAAUGUCAUAGUUUUAUAUUCGAGGAUGCCUUCAGAAGGUAGUGAUAACAAUAAGACUAGUGAAAUUGUAAAUGACUCUGAAUCCAAGAACACACCGAAACAGGUUCUUGAACGUUGUCUGCAGUUUAAAUUGUUGAAACAGGCCGGAUCUUUAAACUGCAAAAGACUGCUACCGUUUUUAUUGAAUACUAUGAAAGAUAAUUCUUGCCAUUCUGGUACUCAACAUCAAAUAGGGCUAAACAAUUAUAGUUCAAGCCGAAAAUUUCAAAUUCCUGUAUUUCAGUCAUCUCAUGAUUCAUGCGAAGUGAUUCAACUGCAAGACAAGCAGGUUGUAUUGAAUGGAUUCUGCAAGCCAGAGAGCUCUACUGAUCCAUCAAUUUCUUCUCAGGAAAGAGAAUUACCAAUCAUAGGAACUAUGAUUAAAGAAGUUAUCACCAAGAAAGAAAAAGCUACACCUCCCUUGUCCAAAUCAUCAGUUUUCUCCGAAGUAAAAGGAAAUGGUUCUCUUAUGAUGUCUUCUAGUGAGAAACCACCUGAAACACACAAAUGUUGUGAGAGCUUGUCUGAACUGAAAGUCGUUGGGGGCCCUGCUGUUGGUUUAAGAAAAGGAAUUUUAAAAAGAAAUCCAAGAGGAUGCAGAGGGCUCUGCGCAUGUUUGAACUGUGUUUCUUUUCGCCUUCAUGCAGAAAGAGCAUUUGAAUUUUCUAAAAGUCAAUUGCUAGAUGCCAAAGAGGUUGCCCAUGACCUUAUGAAAGAACUAUCUCAUCUAAGAAAUAUGUUAGAAAGAUAUGCGGAUAAUGUCAACAUCAAUCAAGUUUUUGAUGCAAGCCAGGUGAAAGAAGCUUGCAGGAAAGCAUAUGCAGUAGAAGAACUUGCGAAGGACCGGCUUAAUCAGAUGCACGAUGAUCUUAACAUCCGUAGCAGAAUAACAAGGUUGCAGGCACCAAGGGUGACAUUUGCAGUUCAUGUUGAAGAAAAUACAACUCAACCAGGUGGUUAA